AUGAUCAAUUCUUAUAUUGACUAUAUUACAGGUGUAGAUGAUCCAAAAACGUCAAGUGAUCGAACACUAUUUGAAGUGGUAUCAGUAACAACUCUACUUGGAUUCAUUGCAUUUUCGAUUACUGGUAUGUUUGUUUUAACAUUCUACCUAACUACUCUAUGUCAUGGCGAGACUGAAUGGAUGGCCAAAAUGUUUGUCAUGUACUUGGCGUCACUCUUGUUCAACUCUUGUACCUAUACACCACUAAAGUAUAUUGCUUUGGGUCCUAUACCAUUUGUAAUGUAUGCCACUUUUACUUGGGGUAUCUAUCAUUGCCUCUUUACCAAUAGUCUUCCAACCCCAAUGCAAUCGAUACUGUUUGCUCCACAGCUAAUAUUCCUCACCACCUGUUUCUUGGCUGGAUACCAUCGUGACAUUGAAGAAGAUGAAAAAGCUGGAAUCAAAACAAUCAUUACUAUGCUUGGAAAGAAAAAUUCAAUUAUAUUUUUAUCAUUCCUUGCUCUUUUAUUUUUUGUAUCAAUGACAUUUUUAGCAUUCUAUGGACAAAACAAUCUCAUUUUAUCGACAUUGGUGGCAUUACCUAAAAGUUUUAAGAUCUUUAAAGAAGGAUAUUACAGCUCGACUUCCCAAUUCAACUAUCAAGUAUUGGCUGCUCUACGUGUUGGUUGUGGUUUCUAUAUUGGUGCCAUUGGAAUUGGUGGUUUUAAACAUUUAAUUUAA